GCCACAAACGCGUCGCUUUUGACGCUCAUCGUUCCUUUCUCUGCGACGAGUCCCAGGGUAUCAAAAGUUGAAUUAGGCUGCAAUGGACCCUAGCAUACCGUCUGACUCACAUCAAGCGCGCCAUGGCAUACAAGAAUGCAACUUCUGCUUGAAAUCGAGGAGUGAAGUCGGAAGGCUAUUUGCAUGCUCUGGAUGCAAGCUGGCCUUGUAUUGCAGCCCUGAGUGCCAGAAGGCCGGCUGGAGUUUCCACAAGCAUGUCUGCAAAUCUAUCAAAGACGAACGCUCCCAGCUCAAAGAGAUGGACAAACUGUUCCUCUCUGCGAGCGACAAGCCGCAGGCAUCCGCGGCGGUCAGCUCUGGUGCCGCUUUGCCAUCGGUCAUCAUGGACGAGUUCUGCGCAUUCGCCGAGAAGUUCAAGCUGCCGCUUAUGGAGGCAGGGUACAACGGACUGAACAUCGCGAGCGAUCCGUCCUUCUCUGGGCGCGCGGUUCUCUUCGUCCUGCUCGAGCAUGCUCCUGAUCGCGCGCAAUCGUCGCGCGUAUGGGCCCGUUUCAAGGUCGUCCACGCAAGGCCUAUGACGUACGAUGAGCUACGCGCCGAGUACGGAAGGGAGAAUGUGCAGGGCCUCAUCGACCAGUUCAUCUGGAUCCGCGAUCUACAAUCGCGUGUGGACGACUACGUCGCGUCCGAGACCAUCCUCCUCUCUUGCUACUGCAACGUUACGUCCCCACCGAUGCCACUGCACUACCCUGUUCCGAUUGGAGUCACGCCGGCAUACAUGCGCGCUGUGAGUGUCAGUAAUACUUGGGAGCAGAAGCUGAAGGACAUCGUGGAGAAAAUAUCUGGUAGGAACACCCGCGAUGGUCGCUAGGCUGCGGCACGACUGGUGCAUAGCUGGAUUUAUAUAACACAUCCCAGUGGCACCCGACGCGAAGGGGGCACGUAGUUCCAUCUGGGUGCAGAACAGACGAAGUUGGUGACUGCGCAGUAUGGUAUGCACAGCCUGAUAUAUUGUAUGAUAUUCACAAUAACAUCGGUAUGUAACGAUUGCGGCGCUUGGAAAGCAGAGCUCAUGUUUUGCCUGAUAGCGAAGUCGCAACGUUUACAGGUUCUCAGUUCGCCGAUACAACACUAUAGUAGCUACUAGUAGGAGAGUGACUGAUGGAUUUGCAUCUAUUAUAGAGAGCCCGUAGUACUUGAGCCUGGCUUCAUACGACCUGAAGAAACCCCGCCACUACCUGGGGACCCUCCACAGCUUGCGGACCCCCAGCUCUUCCAGAGUCGGCCGCUCCUCCCUGAUCAUCGUAAAGCGCGCGACGCGUC